AUGCAUAAUACUAAAACAAAUGUCUUUGUAGAAGAAGCGCCAACAGCAUCAAGCACAACCAGUGAAAGUGAAGAAGCUGAAACGGCCGAGUCUGACGAUUUUUGUAGAGUUAUCAUUCUUGAUAUGCAUAGUACUGAAACAAAUAUAUUUGUAGGAGAAGCACCGGCAACAACAAAUGAAAGUGAAGAUGUUGAAACAGUCGAAACUGAUGAAGCAAAAACAGCAACAUGGACCACAACUGAUGAAAGUGAAAAUGAUGAAAUGGUACCAAUGGUUGAUGAUGGAAUAUCUGCCCAAUCGAUGGUGCCAGCCGACGAUAAUGAUGACGAAAGAGAGGAGUCAAUCAUGAUCACUAAUGAAACACCAGAUAGUAAUGCGAUCCCGUUCUCUGAGAGACAAAACGUCAAACAAAUGAAACUUGUUGAUACGCCAGAAACUCAGAAAAAUGAAUAUCCUCGAAUAAAACAAUCACCUUCAAAUAAUGCUGCUGUAUUCAGCCCAGAAAGCAUGCCACACACAGGUGCGGCAACAUGUGAAUCGAAUCAUGUGCAUGAUAUCAGCUUUGAAACACAACCUUAUCAAUACAAGAGCGUAGACACAGACAGUGGAGAAUCUAUUGGUCUCCUUGUCAAUCUUCUGCGAAAACGCAUUACUCCAAGAUUAGCAUCAACACCACGGGAAACUAAAUCCGGUUGUCCACCAGGCGACAUGUUGGUCGAAUACAUUUACGAACAUGAUAUUUACAAUCAGGUUUUUAAUUCAUCCAUGCAAGAGUUGCAUUCGCCUGCUGUACAAAACCUUCAAUCAAAUAUUGUCGAUUGGACAGUUGAAGAAAUUUAUAAACGUAACUUGGCAGCUGAUGUAACUAAUCAUGUGCGUCUUACACGAAUGGUAGAUGUUAGCAAGGAAUAUAAUAAUAAUCCAGUAGUUCGAUAUUAUGUUUCAAUUGUUGUUCGGAAGACUCUGAUUCCAGUCUUUCGACGUAUUCUCACACUGGUCUUUGAUAAACUCCAAAAAGAAUAUUUUGCUGCAUCGAACACAGAGAUCGAUUGGAACAAUAUGGUUUCAAUUCCAAUACAAUAG